AAACGGAUCAACAAAUGUACGAUAUAUCGAAUAGAAUUGAAUAUUUACAGUUAAAUGUCAGUGUUUGGCUGGAGGUUAUGUUGAACGUGGCUGGAAGAGAAAUGGAUUUGUACAAAAAGGUGGCUGGACUCCAGAUAAUUUUUAUAAUUAUUCUUGUUUGUGGAAUACAACAUUUCCAGGCCAAACAAAAUGCUCAGAAAACUACUAUUGAAGAGUUGACAGACAUAAAAGACUUCAAGAAGAUCCUUCGCACUAAGAAUAAUGUUCUGGUGUGUUAUGUCAUUUCACAGAAACAGGCGUCAAAUAUUGUGAAAAUAUUUAAAGAAGCUGCUGAAAUUGUGAAAGGUCAGGGUACGAUGCUGUUGGUUGACUGCUUUGGGGAAGCAAGGAAGAUGUGCCGAAAGCUGAAAGUGUCUCCAGAGCCAUUUCUGUUGAAGCAUUAUAAAGAUGGCGAGUUUCACAAAGACUAUGACCGCCUGGACACAGUGCAGUCAAUGGUGAAUUUCAUGCGUGACCCAACAGGGGACAUACCGUGGGAGGAGGACAGCACUGCUAUCGAUGUUGUCCACAUAUUGGAUGCCUUGAGUUUGUCUAAAUUUCUGAGAAAGGAGAUGCGACCCAUUUUAGUUCUCUUCUAUGCCCCCUGGUGUGGCUUCUGUAAGCAGCUGAAACCUGAAUAUGCAGCAGCUGCUACAGAACUGAAAGGUCAUUCAGUUCUGGCAGCCAUUGACGUGAACAGACCAGAGAAUGCCAUCAUUAGGCAGCAGUACAACAUUACAGGAUUUCCCACAAUGCUGUACUUUGACAGAAAUGGAAACCAGAAGUUUAUGUAUGAGGGUGAAAACAACAAGAAUGGCCUAGUUGGCUUCAUGAAGAACCCAAGUAAACCUCCAGAGAAACCAAAGGAGGAUGACUGGUCGGCAGUCAAGAGUGAUGUUGUGCAUUUGACAUCAGAGAACUUUGACACUGUCAUUGCAAGAGAGUCAUCUGUGUUGGUGAUGUUUUAUGCUCCUUGGUGUGGUCACUGCAAAAAGAUGAAACCAGAAUAUGAGAAGGCAGCUGCUCUUCUGAAAGCUGAGAAAAUUGCUGGUAUUGCUGCGGCUCUAGAUGCCACUAAGGAAGCAGCCAUCGCGGCGAGGUAUGCUAUACGAGGCUAUCCCACGGUUAAAUACUUCAGGGCUGGGGAGUUUGCGUUUGACAUAAAUGCGCGAGAGGCAGCAAAGAUCAUAGAAUUCAUGCGCAAUCCUCGUGAACCUCCCCCUCCACCUCCUCCUGAAACUCCAUGGAGUGAGGAGCCAUCAGAAGUGGUACAUUUAACUGAGGAGACGUUCAGGUCAUUCUUAAAAAAGAAGAAACACGUCCUUGUCAUGUUCUAUGCUCCAUGGUGUGGUCAUUGCAAGAAGGCAAAACCAGAAUUCACAGCUGCGGCAGAACACUUCAAAGAUGACCCAAAAGUAGAAUUUGCCGCCGUAGAUUGCACAAGAUACACUGCCGUAUGUGAAGCCACGGACGUCAAAGGAUAUCCCACAAUUAAGUACUUCCACUAUCAUACCAAAGAAACCAAGAGCUACAACGGAGGUCGCAUGGAGUCAGACUUUGUGAAUUUCAUGAAGAAUCCUCUUGGUCCAGUUGUAGAUGCCACCACAGCACCCGAUAAGGUGGAGCAAGAGGAAUGGGGUGAUUAUGAAGGGGCAGAAAAUCUUGUUCACCUUAUGGAUGACACAUUUGACACUUUUGUCAGCUCAGGAGACCCAGUACUAGUCAUGUUUUAUGCACCUUGGUGUGGCCAUUGUAAGCGAAUGAAACCCUCAUACAGUCUGGCAGCACUGCAGAUGAAAGCGGAGAACAUCCCAGGUGUCCUCGCUACAGUGGAUACCACAGUGAAUCCUAAAUUAUCAAGUAAAUUCAAUAUCUUGGGAUUCCCAACUUUGAAAUACUUUAAUAAUGGAAAGUUCAUAUCAGAUUAUGACAGAAAACGAAGUGCAGAAGACAUCAAGACCUUUAUGAAAUCACCACCUCCUCUCAUUGGCAACAAGGAUGAGCUCUGAAAUAAUCAAUUUGCUCAAUGAUAACCUGUCAUUACUCUCAAAUGUGAUUUUAGCUCACUUUUAAAAGUCUGCAUUUGAACAGGAGUUGUAAUGCUACUUUGUAACCGUCUUGAAACCAAUGUUGGCCACAGCUGCAUCAUCGUAUCCUUGUGUGUGUUGUAAAUAGAGUUUGUUGUCAUAAGGUAUGAGAGCAUGAAGCUACCACAAAUUAAGCAUUCCCACUAAUUUGAUGGUCUGUGAAAUGAAUCUUCUCACUAAUAAAGCCGAUGGGUGUUGGAAGCUUG